CGUAGCCUACCGCUGAUUUUUGGAUUAUGUUAAUUUUAAUAGCCUAGUUGUUUUCCUAGGCUCCAAACUCAAGGGAAAUAAGAGCAUUAUUGUUGUUCCUAUUAGUUCAUUCCGCACUGCAAUUCGUUUUAUGACUUUGGCUUCUUUCUAACUGCCUUUCCUCCAAACCUCCUUUGAAAAGCGUUCGUGUCUGCUCCGUUAAGCGUAAAUGGGCAGCGCCGGGGAGAUGCGCCAGUGUUCAGUGACGUCACCCGCAGAAGGAUGGAAACAAGUGCUGUGCACUUUGCUCCACAGACGAUGGCAGAGAUGGCGCCCAGGUGCCUAUGAUUAAGCAAAAAUAAACAAAUAAAUAAAAAAGCCGAACAAAGGGCUAUCAACAAUGCGAGCAAGAUUAUCGACAAAGGGCACAUUUUUCUAAUCAUCGCUGCAUUUUAUAAGCAAAACUUCAGCGGGGAAUACUUGAAAUAUUUGUCCUUUUUUUGUCCAAAGCAAGCCAUCUUUUCUUGCUGUGUGGGAACGGCAUCUUGGUUAAUCGAUUGAAAUUGGCUUUUCUGCAUAGACAAGUCAAUCUGUUGGCAGAUUUUGGUGUUUUCAGCAGCCGUUUUAGCCUCCGCCUCCCCGUCCAUUUAACGCUGGACGGCGGAGGGGCAGGAGAGACGGAAGGGCGAUGGCAGCGGGCGGAGGAGGCGCAGAGGCGGUGGAUCAGUACCGGACGGAGAUAGAACGGCUCGUCCGGGACCUUGCCGAGGCCAACCGAGAGAAGAUCCGGGCGGCGGAAUGUGGUCUUGUGGUACUGGAGGAGAACCAGGCUCUGAAGCAGCAGUAUGCCGACUUGGAGGCCGAACAGGAGACGCUGAAGCAGGAGCUGGAGCAGCUUCAGGAGGCGUUCGGCCAGGCCUACUCCACCCAGCGCAAGGUGGCGGAGGACGGGGAGACCAACGAGGAGGUGCUGCUGCAGGAGUCGGCCUCCAAGGAGGCCUACUACAUGGGCCGUCUGCUGGAGCUGCAGGCCGAGCUGAAGCAGAGCCGCUCCCUCACCAGCAACACGCAGGCCGAGAACGAGCGGCUGGGCGGGGUGGUGCAGGAGCUCCGAGAGGGGAAGGAGGUGCUGGAGGUGCAGAGGAGCAGGCUGAAGGAGGAGAUCCAGGAGUACAAGUUCAGGGAGUCGAGGCUGCUGCAGGACUACUCUGAGCUGGAGGAGGAGAACAUCUCCCUGCAGAAGAUGGUGUCUCAUCUCAAACAGAGCCAGGUCUGUGAGAGAAAGGUGGAGUACGAGGGCCUGAAGCACGAGAUCAAGGUCCUGGAGGAGGAGACGGUGCUGCUGAACGGGCAGCUGGAGGAGGCCCUGCGCCUCCGUCAGAUCUCUCAGACGCAGCUGGAGGAGGCCCUGGACUCCCUGCGCGGCGAGCGGGAGGUGAGGAACAGCCUGCGCAAGGAGCUGGCGCACUACCUCAUCCUGACCGACAGCAUCUACGCGGCCGGCGCCCACCUCAGCGACCCGCCCGCCGACUGCAACGGCCACGCGGGCGGGAACGGCGUCGCCGCGGCGACCAGCCCGGCCUCCGAGGGGGAGGCGCACCGCCCCGUCUCCGACCUGUUCAGCGAAAUGAACCUCACCGAGAUCCAGAAACUGCAGCAGCAGCUCCUGCAGGUGGAGCGGGAGAAGGCGGCCCUGCUGGCCACGCUGCAGGAGUCCCAGACGCAGCUGCAGCAGAUGCAGGGCGCGCUAAGCGAGCAGCACCGGCGCAUGCACCGCCUCAGCGAGAGCCUGCUGGCCAUGCGCCGGCUGCAGGGCCCCGGCCAAUCGGAGCGGGCCGCCGCGCAGGAGGGCCCCGGCCCCGCCCCCGCCUGCCGCGACUGCGAGAUGGAGGCGCGCAGCGUGGAGCUGCUGCAGUGCAAGUACCGGGUGGCGGUGACGGAGGUGGUGGGCCUGCAGGGGGAGCUCAAGGCCCUGCAGGAGACGUACCGGCGCAGCGUGGACUGCCUGGAGGGCGAGCGGGCGCGGGGCGAGGAGCGGCUCCGGGCGCUCCACGAGCACGUGGCCCGGCUGGAGAGGUGCCGACAGGAGGGCCGGGACACCAUCGGAGGGCUGGAGGCGGAGCUGCGGGCGGCGGCGGGCGUGGCCAGCGAGAGCCAGAGCAUGCUGGGAGCGGCACAGGAGGAGCUGGUCACCUUCAGCGAGGAGCUGGCCCAGCUCUACCACCACGUCUGCCUGUGCAACAACCAGACGCCCAGCCGCGUGAUGCUGGACUACUACCGGCAGGGCCGCGCGCCCUGGGCGGGCUGCCUCCGGGGCUCCGACGACGUCCGGGCGCUGCUGUCGCCCCACCUCCGCCGCCGGGUCUCCUCGGCCGGCCUGGAGCCCCGCUGCCCGUCCCCUUCCAAAGACCCCCCCGCCACCAGCACCGGCCAGGCGGGCGCCCCGCUCUCCUCCUCUUCCUCCUCUUCCUCGUCCUCCACCUCUCCCGUCCCGGAGCCCGGCGGGGAGUUGCGGAGGGAGCCGCUGAACCUCUGCACCCUGAUGGCCAUCAUCCGGGAGCAGGUGAAGCACCUGCAGAGGGCCGUGCACCGGGCCCUGCAGCUGUCCCGCCAGCGCAACGCCGCCCGAGAGCUCGCCCCGGGCCUCGACAAGGACCGGGAGGCCUGCAUGGAGGAGAUCCUCAAGCUCAAGUCCCUGCUGAGCACCAAGAGGGAGCAGAUCGCCACGCUCAGGCUGGUCCUCAAGGCCAACAAACAGACGGCGGAGGUGGCGCUGACCAACCUGAAGAGCAAGUACAACGCGGAGAAGGCCAUGGUGACGGAGACCAUGUCCAAGCUACGCAACGAGCUGAAGGCGCUGAGGGAGGACGCCGCCACCUUCUGCUCCCUCAGGGCUAUGUUCGCCACCCGGUGUGACGAGUACAUGACUCAGCUGGACGAGAUGCAGAGGCAGCUGGCAGCGGCGGAGGACGAGAAGAAGACGCUGAACUCCCUGCUGCGCAUGGCCAUCCAGCAGAAGCUGGCCCUGACGCAGCGGCUGGAGGACCUGGAGUGUGACAGCGAGCAGACGCACCGCAGCCGCGCCAGCAAGGUGGCCAAGCUCAAGAGCAGCCCUCCCAAACAGUGCGGAAAGGCACCGUCCGUCACGCACAGAGCCCCCGCUCUCUCCCACCACCCCUCCCUCGCCCCCUCCGCGCCGGGUAGCCCGCCCGCCCUGGAGGCCCCGCCCUCCUCGUCGUCGCCCUGGGCAACGCCGGCGCCCUGCUUCCAGCUGGGCCACCCGCACUGGACCCUGGGAGUCCAGGCCUUCACCGUGGACACCCAGCUCUUCGGCGCAGACGCCUCCCCGUCCGCCCGCCAGUCCCCGUCAGACUCUCACCCCGCCGGCCUUUUCCCCCCAACUUCUGCCCCCACCUCCCCCCUGAGGGCACGGUUCCCACCCCAAAGUGCCCCCCGGACGCACAGCCUCACCGACGCCGCACGCUCGGGCACUGCGGCUCCCCCUUCCCCGAGGCCCAGCCCGCCUAGCCCCUAUGCCUACAAUUCCCAUCGUGCCCAGCACUGACUGUUACCGUGGCGUUGGGGGGGGAGGGGCCUGCGAUACAGAGGAGCAGUGUGCACUUUUGAAAGUUGUUUUGCGAAAGAGCUUCUGCCAAACGCGUACAUGUAAUGCAAAUGCAGGAGAACAGGCUAGUUCCUGGCUCCCUGCUUCCUGUUUCCUGUUUCCCUGUUUCCUGUAUCUCAGGCCCCUUGUGUGCUGGUUGUGAACGUGCCUUCCUGCAGUUACUGUUGAUCAGUCCACAGGAUGUCCCAUCCUCUCAGGUACCGUGGUUUUCUUACUGGAUGUAACUUUGUUUCAGUCUUUCCUGUUAUCUCAGAGUGGCGUUUACUGCAUGCUGUGCCACCCUUCUGUAGGCGAUGAGUCUUACCUACAGGAUUGAAUGCAGAGAACAAAUAAAGCGAACCUCAAAUUUAAGCUAAAGACGUUGUAGGAGGCUGCAAUGCUUUUUGUUUUUCGAGAAUAGGACUUUGUUUGUGCUGGAUCAGAUCUGGAACAGGGGUUAUGCUGUUUGUGAGUGGGGGUGUGGCCUGUCAGUAUCGGGGCAGCUGAUUGGUUGGAAACGCCCGUGACAUCAGAUGGAAUGCAGCUGUGAUUUCCCCUCCCACUCGCCAGGCCUUCAAUCUUUAGAUUUUUCAAUCUUGUCUCCAGGGAUGUUUUUAAAAUAGUUAAAAAAAUAAAAAAAAAAACAAUAACAAAAAAAAGUGUACACUUUUCACAGUUAUUAUGCUGUCUACACAAUGCUGUGUGAAGUAGUUAAUUUUAAAAGGCCAUAUUUUCAAUAUGACACUGAUUCCACAUUCAAGUUUAAUUUAGGAUUUUCUUCCUGUUUUCCUGUGAGUUCAUGAGGUAUAUGAUUUCUUUGAAAUAUUUCAUCUACUUAUCCCAUUAACAUUAUGCCAAAUAACUUAUUUUGAUAACUGUGCCUAUGACUGAUUUCAUGACUUGUAUGCUGUAUGUUUAGUACCACCUAGUGGUGCUUUGCCUUCAUUGGACAUUGUGGUAUGAAUGCAGGACACUGUUUGCUGGUGAUUUGUGGCAGUUGGCGUUGUAGUGGUAUUGACUGCACAGGGAGAACGGUCUGCCUGCUAUGCUAUGCCAGCAGUCGUGAAUUUCAGAAAACCGAGGCAAUGCUUUUACAGCCGGUUAAAUAUGUACCCAGUAUUACCGGGGUGAAGACGCAGCUAGCUGAGUAAUUGUUGGGUAACUAAUUUGAUUUCUGAGGCACGUCCUACGAAAGUACCAUGAUGCAAAGUUCUUUAGUACUAAGUUUUAGAGCCUGUUUUGUAUACUUGCCUCUGAAAUAAGAACGGUUACCUUGUGAUUACACAUAAGUACCUGGUAGUUACCCAGUAAAUACUAAUGGGCUGCAAAAUAAACCGUUACCAAAACGUUCAUUUUUCAGCCUCUUAACCCGUUGGAAAUAUUUGAAUAUCCUCAUGUUUGUCCAAAACAAGUUUUUUCUAAUGAAGCUUCAGAUUAAUAAGCUUCAAUAUUGAAUAUAAGUAAUGCUCUUGGACACUGAUGGCGUCAGUAUGUACAUUCUUUUGAACAUGGUUUUGGGGUUUGAUUGUGUUUCAAAGGGGAGCAGGAUAUUGAAAAGGGUUUGAAUUGGUAACAUAAUAUAGGUUAGAACGGGAAUUUGUUUUUUAAUUUAAAAAGGAUACGAUCAUUAAUUGCAGCAACCACCAAAACACAAUGCAAGACACAAAGUACAUUCAAAGGCCUUUCAAAAUGUAUCUUUGCACGUAUGAAAUGAAGCAGGAAGCACAGACGUCUUCUCAGUUGUGACUCUCUCUCUCUCUCAGUUGACCAGUUGACCAUGAAAGAGCAAAAACCUUCCAGGUGAACGCUGGAUGCUGGAUCAGUCCUGGGCUGGUCACAACUUUGACUUUGUGUUUAUUUUCUUUUCUUUUUAAAGCACGCCCAAUUGUAAUGAUGAUGUUGUCGUCUCCCUGAUUCCCCCUCUUCCCUUCUGCGAGAUACCUUCCAACAGCACUUGGUUCAAUCUCAGGACACGCAGCAGAGAACGGGAACCGAGACAAACGUUUUGGCCAAAUCUGGGUCUGACCUGUCGAGUCUGAUCGGUGCGGAGGGCUGCCUUCAACCUGAGAACCUGACACUCCAGCACAAUUCUUGAAAUAUGUUCACCUUUUUUUGUUUGUGGUGGGGAGGGGGGUGGGUAUAUGUGAUUUAUAUCUCACACACACACACACACACACACACACACACACACAAACAUUGAAAUCAAUCACACUGUCACUAUUAGAAAAAUGACACAAAUGUCUCCGCGCACUACCAUUAGACACACUCAAAGCUAAUAUACAAACUGAAGAGCAUCUAUACUCACGCACAAGCAAAACUGUCACGAUCCCAGAAUAUCACACACUGCUCAAGCGAUUGAAGCGUGAAGCGAUUUUCUCAUCCACCACAGCAGUUCUGGGUGUGGGUGUGACUGAGUUCUGCUGCCCUUUGAGAUAACUGGAGACUCACUUCCAGUUAUCUCAUCAUGAACAACAAACUGUCUGUGAGAUUACAAUGCCACAAAAUGAAUUAAUUUAUUCAUUAAGACUUUCAGAUGCAGUGAAUUGACAAAUUACAUAUUUGGUAUCGUCUCCUUCAAGAUUGAAACUCCUUUUUAACUCAUGAUACAUGUUGAAGAAUGUUUCACUGGUCAUUGUUUGUUUGGAACGAGUUGAAUGGCACCUUUCAUCGUCAUACAGUGUUCAUGUAUAUUAUGUAAUUUGAUAAGUUAUUAUGUAUGGAAUACCAAGCUACUGUGUUGUUAAGCAAUAUGCGAUUUGGGAUAAAGGCUAUUGAAUGUGAAA